UUUCUCGAGUAGUCAUCAACACACUAAAAAUGCAUUCCUCGGUUGUGCUCCUAGCAUUCCUGGCCUUUCUCCACGCUACCUCGGCUUGGCAAGGAGGUGUCCCAGUACAAGUACAACCACCAAAGGGUCCGGUGAACCAAGCUGGCGUGACCUUCGGAACAUGCGCUAACAAUCCCCCCUCACCGCAAGAAGCUGUGGGUCUCAUCAAGUCCCUCCACGCUCAGAAAGUGAGACUCUAUGCUCCGGAUAUCAACAUCCUCCAAGCCCUCAGAAACACGGGCAUCGAGGUCGUCCUCGGUGUGCCUAAUGAGGAGGUUCAGAACAUCGGAACCAGCCAAGACAAGGCCAAUCAGUGGAUUCAGAACUACGUGAAGAAUUUCCAGGACAUCAACUUCAGGUACAUUGUGGUUGGAAACGGAAUUUCUUCCCUGAAUGAACAUAAUGGCCAGUACGCUCAGUGUCUGAUCCAGGCCAUGCAGAACAUUCAGAAUGCAAUCAACGCUUGCGGGCUUCAAAACAAGGUUAAAGUCUCAACCGCUCUUGAUCACUCAAUUGUGCUGAACCAAAUCCACCCCCCAUCAAACGCCGUGUUCAAUCCUGCAAUCAAACAGAAUUUCAUUUUCCCUGUACUCCAAUUCUUGAAGAACAACAAUGCCCCCUUUUUAAUCAACCUUCACCCUUACUAUAGCUACGCAUUCAACAAGCCCGAGGUUCCUCUAGAACUGAACCAGGGUCAGAGCCAGAGCAACCGUGACAUCCGUCUCGAAUAUGCCAACUUCAGAUCUGCCUCCUUUUUGGUGCAAGACGGGCAACUCAAAUACCAAAAUGUCUUCGAUGCCAUGGUGGAUUCUGUUUAUGUUGCCCUGGAGAAGGCAGGCGCCUCCUCGUUGGACGUCGUCGUGGCAGAAACAGGGUGGCCUACUUGCGGAGGAACUGCAGCUGAUGCAAACAAUGCCGGGACUUUUAACAAUAACUUGAUCUCACACAUAAAGAGAACCGGGACUCCCAAGAGACCACAAAAUUGCGUAGAGACUUAUAUAUAUAACUUGAUUGAUGAGGAUAAGAGGGGCAAGGAGCUUGAGGCGCACUGGGGGAUUUUUGAUCAAAAUAAACAAGCGAGGUAUCCGAUUUCCUUUUGGAGCCCGUCUGAUCAGUAGAGAUUUCGAUUGUUAGUAUGAGUAUGCAGGAGUCUUCAUGUAAAAUAAGGCCUGCGGAUCGAUGUAUCAACUCAUGAGACUAUGUUAAUUUUGAAUAAAGAGGUUUGUUUCCAUGAUUCAGGAAUCGAACUUUCAUUUUCA